AUAAUUUCAAACUUCUUGAAGCAGCCAACCAAUCUCUGAAGGCAUCAAAUUACAAUUAAUUAAUGUUAACCUCUAACUUCUAUCCAUUCCAAACCCAAUUCUCUUUCUUCUGCUAAUUCUAUUUUCCAUCAAAGUCCGUUCGAGGUUUCAACUAAACCCGCUGAAAGAGAGAUGUGCAGCAACUCCUAUGGCUUAACACUAUCAAGAAGCAACCUCCGCUUCUCUCCUCUUCCUCCCAGCUCGACGUUCCAACCCGACCCGUUUCCCGCGGUCUUCUUUCCUGUCAAACGCUUCAAUCCCCGGCUGCAAAUUGCGUCCAUAAAAGUCCGAUCCAUGCUUAACGACGUCUCCUCGUUCGCGGACCCAAUUUCCUUCUACGACCUUCUGGGAAUAUCCGAGACGGGCUCUCUACUGGAGAUCAAACAUGCGUACAAGCAGCUCGCCCGGAAGUAUCACCCGGAUGUUUCACCUCCGGACCGGGUCGAGGAGCACACCCGGCGAUUCAUUCGGGUCCAGGAGGCUUACGAGACGCUGUCGGACCCGAGGAGAAGGGCUCUGUAUGAUAGAGAUAUUGCGAAAGGCCUCAACUUCGCCCUCUCAUCACGUUGGCGUCGUGAAAAUAAGCCAAUAGAAGUGGACGUUGAAUGGAGUAUUCGAUGGCAGUCUCAGCUUUCUGAACUAAAGAGAAGAAGCAAAUUUAAGGACUCCAAUGGUGGUACAUCUUGGGGAGCCAGAAUGCGCAGGCAAAGGGAUGAAGACUCGUCCUAAUCAAAAUUAUGUUGAUGUAUAUUGCUAGUGUAUAGUGCUUGCACAAGUCAAACUUAGGAUGUUUUUACUUGGACUGUAAUUCGUCCCAGAUCAGACCAGACUAGACCAGUUCAGACUAAACCAGACCAGACUUGGAUAGUUAUAAAAAUACAAAGAAACCAGACCAGUACAGACCAGACCAGACCAUCAAAUUACAGUCCAAGUAAAAACAUCCUUAGGAAGAUAAGAAACUUAGGUUUUCAUUAAUCAUUUUUCCUUGAAUCACUCCAAAAUACAUGUAUAAAUAGGUGAUUCUCGAAUAUCUUUAUCUCCUCUGCCUAUUCAGUUUUUCCCUCUCUCCCUCACACAUGCAUAAUGUCAAGUAUUUCACAUGGCUGUUUU